GAAGAGCUGUGUGUAUAGAGGGAGGAGUGGAAAAGUUUUGUUUAAAAUGACCGCAAAUCUUUAACAAUUUACAAACUGAAACAUGGCAGUCUGCAGAGCACUAUGCUUGACUGUGUUGGUUGCCUUCCUAGCAAAAGGGUGUUCCUCUCAGUUGAAUGUGUGCGGCCAGGCUCCACUCAACUCCAAGAUUGUGGGUGGUCAGGAUGCCCCAGUGGGAGGCUGGCCCUGGCAGGCGAGUCUACAACAACUAUCAGGCUUCCAUUUCUGUGGAGGAUCUCUCAUCAACAACCAGUAUGUUCUGACCGCUGCUCACUGUUUCACCAGCACCAGCACAUCAAAUCUGCAGGUCAUCUUGGGAGCUAAGAGCCUGGAUCAAACCAAUCCAAACCAGGUGGCCAGCUCAGUAGCAAAGAUCAUCUGCAAUCCCAACUAUGAUGACACUACCAGCGAAAAUGAUAUGUGUCUGCUGAAGCUGUCCUCUCCUGUGACUUUUACCAACUAUAUCCAGCCUGUCUGCUUAGCAGCACCUGGCAGCACCUACAAUGCAGGCAUUGUCAGCUGGGUCACUGGUUGGGGGACUAUUAAUUCAGACGUGAACCUCCCCUCCCCUAGGAAUCUCCAGGAAGUAGAUGUGCCAAUAGUGGGGAACAGACAGUGCAACUGUAACUAUGGAGUCGGCUCUAUCACAGACAACAUGUUGUGUGCUGGUUUAAAAGCUGGAGGAAAGGACUCCUGUCAGGGUGACUCAGGGGGUCCCAUGGUCAGCAAACAGGGUGAUCGCUGGAUCCAGUCUGGUGUGGUGAGUUUUGGCAAAGGCUGUGCUCUGGCCAAUUUCCCAGGAGUCUAUGCCAGAGUAUCCAAGUACCAGACGUGGAUCAACAGCAUAAUCACCAGCAGCCAGCCAGGAUUUGUUACUUUCAACUCAAGUGGAAAUGACUCUGACCUAAGUAUCACCUGCACUGGCUUACCACCUGCCAACAAUGGAGCUUCCCCAGCUCAGGCCUCUUUCUCUUCUUUCCUUCUCUUGUCCCUCAACAGUGUCUUCUUUUUCCUCAAGUAAGGUUUGAUGAACUAGUCAUGAAUGUUUACUACCUAUUUUGCCCUAAAUCAUUCAAGGACAUUUGGAAAUGCAUUCACCAUGUUGACCUUUAGAGGAUCUACCUCAUCUGUUGUCACAACUAAAGUGUACUGAAUCUCUCUAAAAGAUUAUGGUAAGCUAUUUCUUAUCAGGGACAUACUGCACAUAUAUGUAUUCCAUAAUCGAAGAGAGUUGUGGUUGUCUUUAUGAAAGAUUUACAGCUGUUUUUUGUGGCUUAGAUAUUGCACCUACGGUUUCACAUUUUUUGUUUACAUCAUAAAUUAAUUUAGCAGACACUUUUAUCCACAUUUCCUUGCAUAUAUGGUAAGCACAUAUUGAAGGAUAUAUACAGGUAUAAAAAACAUUUUUACACUGAUUCAAAUCACUAUUACAAUUUCGUUUCUGUAUUGCCAUUUAACCAUUUUAAUUAACAUGUUUUUAAUACAUUUAAACAAGCUAUUCUGAGUAAAUAUAAUAAUAUAAUCAGAAUGGUGUUAAAUGUAUUUCUGAAAUGUAAUAGUUAACCAAGUAUUUAAUUUCAUUUGUGUUAUAAUCAUAAUGUAUUCAAUUAAUACAUCUACACACUAUUGAUGGGGGACAAUAGUUGUAUAUGUAUUAAAACAUUAUUCACUAA